AUCGAUACUUUCUUAAAUAUGGAACAUUCCUAGAGCCAAGGCGAAUUAAUACAAGGAGGUGUUGCCAGAAUAGUAAUGUUUUCACAUCGGUGCUUCUAAAUGUAAAAGUGAUGGGUUUGCUGUACAUUCGUGGUGAUUCUCGCGGUAAUUGUGCGUAUAAUUUGUUAUUCUAAUUUUUGUAUCUGCUUUGUCGAUACCAUCUUCAGAUUCAAUUACCAUGCGAACUACGAACAAAUCGGUGUCAUCUCUAAUUUUUAUCGGUAAUUUAUCGAAACUAGCUCACGAUUCAAAACUUGCAUUUUUUCUGAGUACGAAAAGUGAAGUUAUAAAUGUGUACAUCCCUAAUUUACGACAAAAAUGUAUAAAUUUUUAGGAAGAUCCUACAUUUUGCAAAACACAGAGACAGAGAACUGUCAAAUCGAAUUUAGAAUCUGCGCGUGAGAAUGCGGUAAUUCGCUAUCGUAAUUGGGGGAGCGAACACAGUAAUUCAGGAUGAUGUGGGAAAAUGGUAAAAACAAUCGAUAUCAGAGUUACUCGAUAUCGAAAGAAAACUAUCGGUUAGUAAUUAGUAUUUACUUCUACUGUUUCAUCUCUAGAUGGAAAUUUUUGUUAUUUUUCGUUCGAUUUGUUUAUAAUUUGUUUAAUGUCCAAAAUGUCAAGCAAAGAAUCUAAAGCAGUACUUAAAGAAGUGCGUGAAGCAAUUAAGAAUGAAAAAUUCAACGAUGCUAUAGAAAAAUGUCAAGCUUUGCUCCAAGAUGAACCCAAGAAUUAUAUGGUUUAUUUGCUACUAGGCGCGGCGUAUCAGAGUAGCAGCAAAGAUCAGGCGGCGAAAUAUUUACGCAAGGCAGUCGAGUUUUCACCGGCUGCGCCAACUGUUGCGCUGCAGGGGUUGGCCAACUGCGCACCGUUGAGUGAGUUGCCAAAAAUUUAUGAGCAAUUGUUAGAUUUAGUGCCCGAAAAGUAUAAUUUUUAUUUUGAAAAGCUCUAUACAACAGGAAUCAGUAACAGGAGCGUUGCAGAAAAAUGCUUCAGUAUUUUCAAAAGAGAAUUAAAAAGAAAUGAUCAAAAUGAAGACCGUCUUAAACUCGUGGCAAAAUAUUUAGCGCAACUUUGGCUGUUAUUUGACUUUGAGGUUGUUGAAGAGGAUGAAGCAACCUAUAAGCGCGCUUUGGAGGAGCUGAUUGCAGACCCUAAAUUAGAACACCAUCUAAGUGCUUAUAAACGUUACUUGAAACUUUUAUACAAACAAGAAGACUACGCCAACUGCAUUAAAUAUGCGUGUGAAGUAACUGAAAUGUAUCAUGAUGAUAUAUAUGCCUACGAAUGGAUUUGCAAAAUUUACUGCGAACACCGGAAUGUAGCAAUAACAUGCCUAAGCGAAUUCUCUAAACCCAUAGAGCACUACGUGGAUAUAUUGUUGCAACUAAAUUCCAAUGCCAGUUUAGGACUGUUGAUUAGAGCUAUUAAGUUAUGGGAACAGCAACAAUUUGUGACGGCGCGAGAUCUACUUUAUCGUGUGAGGGUCUUACAACCAAAAUAUACUGUUGCUUUGGAAUUGUUAGCGCGGGUGGAAAUGGUGAUUGGCGCUUGGAGUUUGGCAUUGCCAAUAUGGUGUGACACGGGUAAAGAAAAUACUAUAGAAUACGCCGUCUGCUUAUCGCAUGUAAGCAAUGAUGAGGUGCUGCUGCGCAAGGUGGUAGGAGUAUUCAAUCAACAAACGUAUAAAAGAUAUCAAGAGUUAUAUGUACGGUGA